GGUUUCUUUAGGAGGAGUCAGCAGAACAAUGCCUCUUACUCCUGCCCCAGGCAGAGAAACUGUUUAAUUGACAGAACCAACAGAAAUCGUUGCCAACACUGCCGACUGCAGAAGUGUCUUGCCCUAGGAAUGUCUAGAGAUGCUGUGAAAUUUGGAAGAAUGUCCAAAAAGCAGAGGGACAGCCUGUAUGCUGAAGUGCAGAAGCACCAGCAGCGAUUACAGGAGCAACGGCAGCAGCAGAGUGGUGAGGCAGAAGCCCUUGCCAGGGUAUACAGCAGCAGCAUCAGUAACGGCCUGAGCAACCUGAACAACGAAACUGGUGGCACUUACUCGAAUGGGCAUGUCAUUGACCUGCCAAAGUCCGAGGGUUAUUAUAAUGUGGAUUCUGCCCAGCCCUCCCCAGAUCAGUCUGGGUUAGACAUGACUGGAAUCAAACAGAUAAAGCAGGAACCAAUCUAUGACCUCACUUCUGUACCAAACUUGUUUACCUAUAGCUCUUUCAACAAUGGGCAAUUAGCUCCAGGGAUAACCAUGACUGAAAUAGAUCGAAUUGCACAGAAUAUCAUUAAGUCCCAUUUGGAGACGUGUCAAUAUACAAUGGAUGAACUACACCAACUAGCAUGGCAAACCCACACAUAUGAAGAAAUUAAAGUAUACCAGAGCAAGGCAAGAGAAGCAUUGUGGCAGCAGUGUGCCAUCCAGAUCACUCAUGCUAUUCAGUACGUAGUGGAGUUUGCAAAGCGGAUAACAGGCUUCAUGGAGCUCUGUCAAAAUGAUCAAAUUCUACUCCUUAAAUCAGGCUGCUUGGAAGUGGUUUUGGUGAGAAUGUGCCGUGCCUUCAACCCACUCAACAACACUGUUCUGUUUGAAGGAAAGUAUGGAGGAAUGCAAAUGUUCAAAGCUUUGGGUUCUGAUGAUCUGGUGAAUGAAGCGUUUGACUUUGCAAAGAAUUUAUGUUCCUUACAGCUGACUGAGGAAGAGAUUGCGUUGUUUUCAUCUGCUGUUCUGAUAUCACCAGAUCGAGCCUGGCUAAUAGAACCAAGAAAGGUCCAGAAACUUCAGGAAAAGAUUUAUUUUGCACUUCAACAUGUGAUUCAGAAGAACCAUCUUGAUGAUGAGACCUUGGCAAAGUUAGUAGCCAAGAUACCAACCAUUACUGCACUUUGCAACUUGCAUGGAGAGAAACUGCAGGUAUUUAAGCAAUCUCAUCCAGAUAUAGUGAAUACACUGUUUCCUCCAUUAUACAAGGAGCUUUUCAAUCCAGACUCUACCACGGGCUGCAAGUGAAGGGGAAGAUAGAAUUGUCACAUAGUCCUGGAAUGCAUCACUGUUAAGACAAAAGAAAUGUUUUCAUGAAGACUUAUUAAAAACGUCACUACUGCAACACUAGGAAUGUCCUGCACUUAAUAGAAUUAUUUUUCACCGCUACAGUUUGAAGAAUGUAAAUAUGCACCUCUGAGUGGGGCUCUUUUAUUCUUGUCUUUCUUUUACUUCUCUUUUUUUUUUUUUAAACUGACCAUAAAUAUACAAAUAUAGGACACCGGGUGUUACCUUUUUUAUUU